AUGGCGGCGGCGGCGGCGGCGGCGCCCCCCGCCCGCAGGCUCCGCGCGGCCCGCUCCGGCCCCGCCGAGCAUGCGCCGCCGCGGGCGCACGCGCAUGACGUCACCCUCCCCGCCCGUCCGUGGGGGUCAUCUGUAAGCUGUGGAGACACUCGUGUCACUGGCACCUUCUCCACCCCCCCCUCGGGUGUCUGGAGCACACGUGGCGGGUGCGGGCAGCCCCGCCUCAGCCUUGCUCUCAUUGAGUGCCCAUCAGUGGGGAUUAGCGGGGCUGAUGUAGGACGGCAGCAGGCGGGCGACGAGUCCUGGCAGCCCAGCACCAUGCGGGACCGGCUGGAGCAGCUCCGGGCGAAGCAGGAUGCUGAGGAUGACACCGAUGAGGUGGAAAUCGCCAUCGACAACACAGCCUUCAUGGACGAAUUCUUUGCUGAGAUUGAGGAGACGAGGCAGAACAUUGACAAAAUUUCAGAGAACGUGGAGGAGGCCAAGAAGCUCUACAGUGUCAUCCUCUCGGCCCCCAUCCCUGAGCAGAAGACCAAAGAUGAAUUGGAGCAGCUCACAGCUGACAUCAAGAAGACGGCCAACAGCGUGCGCAACAAGCUGAAGAGCAUGGAGAGGAACAUCGAGCAGGAUGAGGCCCGCUCCUCUGCUGACCUGCGCAUACGCAAAUCCCAGCACUCAGUCCUGUCCCGCAAGUUCGUUGAUGUGAUGACCAAGUACAACGAGGCACAGGUUGACUUCCGGGAGCGCAGCAAAGGCCGGAUCCAGCGGCAGCUAGAGAUCACUGGCAAGAACACGACCGAUGAGGAGCUGGAGGAGAUGCUGGAGAGCGGGAACCCCGCCAUCUUCACCUCAGGGAUCGUGGACUCGCAGAUCUCAAAGCAGGCACUGAGUGAAAUCGAGGGGCGGCAUAAGGACAUCGUGCGGCUGGAGAGCAGCAUCAAGGAGCUGCACGACAUGUUUGUCGACAUCGCCAUGCUGGUGGAGAACCAGGGAGCCAUGAUCGACCGCAUAGAAAACAACAUGGACCAGUCUGUCGGCUUCGUGGAGCGAGCUGUGGCUGACACCAAAAAGGCCGUCAAGUACCAAAGCGAAGCCAGGAGGAAGAAGAUCAUGAUCAUGAUUUGCUGCAUUAUCCUUGUCAUCAUCCUGGCUGCCAGCAUCGGUAGCAUCUUCGCCUGA